AUGCCAUCGAAAGUACCCAAGAGGGCGCCUGCGCUAUCCAAGUCCGAUUCCGCUCCACUUCAAGACUCUCAACAAACAGGCCGAGAUACGAUCUAUAAACUUAUUGCGAGCAUGCAUCUUCAAUGUGAGUACAGCGACCUCACAAUUAUUUGCAAAGGCCGCAAAUGCGACCGGCAAUUUGAAGCGCACAAGAUUGUUCUUUGUCAGCGCUCAGAGUAUUUGGCUAGUCUUUGCGAAGACCUGGAGAAAUCACAGGACCCAUCCAAGCCACUGUUUAGUACUCGGGAACCGAUUUUAUUCGAAAAGGUAUUAGAAUUCCUAUACAAAUCCGACUACACCGUUCCCAGCAAGCCUAGCAUCGAGCCCGCCACCCCUUCUGGCGGCCGAACCUUCAGGAAAGCACAGCUGGCCAAGAUUGAUGCGGAUAAAACCACGGCCGCUCAAUCUACCGAGCCAGCGUUCGAAGAAACGGAAGAAAAAGAAAGCCUUGAGGAGUUCGAGCAGCUCGGCAAUGAGUUGGUGGAUGUAUCACCGGAAGAAGAAAUGGAAAAAGAAGUUGAAGGGAAUAUACUCCACGACGACGACACCUUCCUUGAGGAAUGCCACCCAUGCUAUUUCCACGCACGGAUGUACAUCGAAGCAGGCUGGUGGAAGGUCCACGACCUCAAGGUGAAAGCGAAAGCCCACUUCAUGAAGGCAUUCAUGGAUGACCCAGAUCCAAAGUCCUUCUCCAAAACAAUCGAGGCAAUAUACGCCAUCAACACCAACUAUACUGAGCUCAAGGAUGAAGUCAUCAAGUUUAUGGUGCAGAACAUGACGUUUUUCUGGAAAGGAGCAGGUGUGACCGCGGACCUCCCACUUCUCACCCCGAAGCUUAUGAAGGACGUUCCUGAGUUCACGUUGGAGUUGUUUCCGAAAUUUCUCGAUAUAUGUUUUGACAGGGGCCUUCUUUCACAAAUAGCUGAUAAUAAACCAAAAGUGGCGGGUAAGAAGAAAGGGAGCCAUUGA